UUGGUAACCAUUCCUGGAUGCGGAUUCGAGCUGGAACGACAACCUGAAGACUCGGAAGUGAGUAGCGGCAAGCCCGUCCGGUUGGGCUGCGGGAACAUUCCUCCGGCUGCUGUCGUUCGGUGGAACCGAGACGGGAUGGGCGUCCAACUGUCCUCCAGGGUAUAUGUCGAAGAUGGAGACCUAGUCAUCACCAGAGCGAUGAAAGAAGAUGCCGGAAGGUACAUCUGCUCCGUCGUCAACAUCACCACUGGCACAUCAUUCAGCUCCAAGCCUGCCAUCCUUACCGUCAAUUAUAGGCCGAGAAGUACCGCCCUCGAUAAGAGGAUGAAUUGGUCUCCCUCCUAUUUGCCCCCAAACACAGAAAUCUACUCAACUCAGAAUUUUUUUUCCCUUCCGAAGCCUACCUGGGCAGGCCUCACACGGGUGUCGUCAAAACCUUUUUACUGA